AUUCUACUUCGACACGUCAUUUAGAACUUCGAAGACGGAAGCACUACAAGGCUGUUAGCUACUGACAUUUUUCCAUACAGAAAACCGUGGGACUUUGCUUAAAAAUGGGGGGGUUCUUUUCCAGCUUGUUUUCGGGUCUUUUCGGUACAAGGGAGAUGAGAAUUCUUAUCUUGGGUCUGGAUGGUGCCGGGAAAACUACCAUACUCUACAGGCUGCAAGUUGGAGAAGUUGUCACUACAAUCCCCACCAUUGGUUUCAACGUUGAGACCGUAACUUACAAAAAUUUGAAGUUCCAAGUCUGGGAUCUUGGUGGGCAAACAAGCAUCAGGCCAUACUGGCGCUGCUACUACUCCAACACCGAUGCUGUUAUCUAUGUCGUGGACAGCAGCGACCGUGACAGGAUGGGCAUCUCAAAGUCUGAGCUGGUGGCCAUGUUAGAGGAGGAAGAAUUAAAGAAGGCUAUCCUAGUGGUGUUUGCCAACAAGCAGGACAUGGAGCAAGCUAUGACACCCACAGAGGUGGCCAACUCCCUGGGCUUACCUGCACUCAAAGACAGGAAAUGGCAGAUCUUCAAAACAUCUGCUACCAAAGGAACAGGUCUGGAUGAGGCCAUGGAAUGGCUGGUGGAGUCACUGAAGAGCAGGCAGUAACUACACACACCACUCCCUGUAAAUACUCCUGUUCUCUGAGCCCUUUAAUGGGUUCCCUCUGAACCAGUGACUGCAUUCCUUUGUAUUAUGUGAAGGCUAUAGCUGUUACUUUCUGGCCCUUCCAGCUAAGAGAAGUACCAGAAUAGUUGGUGUGCAGUAUGGCCAAAAAGCAAACUGAAUGUUGAGUUUCCUGGUUUAAAUGGACACUGCACAUGAGCUAUAGAACACUUUUUUUCUUUUUUUUUUUUUUGUUCAUACUGAUGGUAGACCUGUUUUUCCUGUUAUCCAUUAUAUGUCUUAUAAUUUGAGUUUUGCUUCUUGUAUUUUUACUUUUUGGAAGCCUGGUACAAUGGCCAGAACACCUUACUCCUAUUUACCAGUUGCCUCUUCCCUCUUGAACACUUAAAUCAGUCUUUGCUUACUUUGGUAGUGUAGAGGAUGUUAUUUAAAACCACCAGUAAUUUGUCACUGCAUAUUUAUAUCCAGGCAUCGCCAGUAGACAGUACUGUUGUGACUGGGAUUCAUUAACUCAGAAAUAAAUCUAUAGUAUCUAA